UCAACACACAUGGACAGUCUCAUGGAUACUACCGCCCAACACAAACAGCUUUUAACCCAUCGGCAUCUCCAUCAUCCGUUCAACAGCUGACACAAUGGCUUUUACCCCACGGCGGGCGACUCUGGGCUGGGCAGCAAUACUAGCGUUAUUUCUGAUCUUCUUUUGGUAUUCACGAGAUGCGCAAACACAACCUUAUCGCGCGCACGGCGAUGGACAUAGCCAAGGCGCAGGAUAUUCAACCCCUAUUGGCAAGAGAUUGGCUUUCUAUCCUGGGACAGUCAAACCGCCAGGAUCCAAUUAUUCCCGAAUACUAGUGCUUCCAAAAUUGAAGAGCGAACACGUUGGUUGGAUAUCUGAAGAGCUUCCCGGCUUGCAAACCGCCAUCUACGAAGUUGAUAAUCCCUCUGCGGAUUAUCGUGUACCAAGGAAUAAGGGCCACGAGGCUAUGGUUUACCUAACAUACAUAAUCGAUCACUAUGAAGACCUGCCGGACACCAUAAUCUUUAUUCAUCCCCACAAAUCAGCAUGGCACAAUAAUAUCUUACUCGACUUGGAUACCCCAACCACCAUUAAAAGGCUGCAGGAUGAUCGAGUGGGCAGACAGGGUUAUAUGAACCUCCGUUGCCAUCUCGAUCCAGGUUGUCCGAAUUGGAUCCACCUCGAUAGAGCCGAGGUCGAUUUCGACCAGCACAUCAAGCCCGAAGAGCAGCACUUCAGCUUCGAGCUGUUUCAAGCCAUGUUCCCCGGUCAUAGACCUCCCCCUGUCCUAUCUCAAGCAUGUUGUGCUCAAUUCGCUGUCAGUGGAGAACGGGUUAGAGACAACCCAAAAAAUCUUUACGAACAUCUCCAGAUAUGGCUGCUUGAGACGUCCUUCGAGGACAAAGACUCUGGUCGUAUCUUCGAGUACAUGUGGCAAUAUCUCUUCACCAGAAACGCCGAAUAUUGUCCCGCCAUGAACUCGUGCUACUGUGAUGGCUAUGGGAUCUGCUUCGGCAGUGCGACAAAGCUAGAUGACUGGCUCAAGAAGCUGAAGAAGAGAGAGUUGGCGGACCAAGAACUAGACGGGGCGCAGAAGGAAAAGAAGGACAAAGCUACUCUCGAUGAGAUAAGCAAUCGGGUUUGGAGGCUGAACCAAGAGCUAAACGCAGAGAAAGCGGAAGCUUACAAGAAGGGCGAGGAUGAGAAAUAUCGAGCUCUUGAACGCGAAAGAGUACCAAAUUAUCCCUGAUGAAGUAUUCCUCGGUUCAAGGGUUCAAAGAUAUUAUCCGAUUGCAACAGCAAAGCCUAAUCAUGAGAGCAUUCCAAAGUUAGGGGCCGCUACGGGACCGUUCCCGCACUCGGCUCUACAGCCCAUUCUGCCAUGUUUAUAAGGUGCACCUUGAAUUGCGAGGCAGGGUGUUGCGGUCGCGCUUGGGGAGGUGAGGCUGGAGCUUACCCAAUGGAAUUUUUGCGAUGUGGCUAAGUGGGUGACUGUAGUAUUGUAUUGGUAUGCAUCGAACCCGG